GGCGUCUUGCACAGCAGCACGAUGCAGAUUUUUGUGAAGACUCUGACCGGGAAGACCAUCACUUUGGAGGUGGAACCCAGCGACACAAUCGAGAAUGUGAAAGCCAAGAUCCAGGAUAAGGAGGGGAUCCCCCCGGAUCAACAGCGUUUAAUCUUCGCUGGGAAGCAACUGGAGGAUGGCCGCACCCUGUCUGAUUACAACAUCCAGAAAGAGUCCACUCUCCAUCUGGUGCUGCGUCUGAGAGGUGGUGUUUUGGACAUGUCCCUCUGCAUUCUCGCUCAGAAAUAUAACUGUGACAAGAUGAUCUGCCGCAAGUGCUAUGCACGCCUCCACCCUCAGGCAUCAAAUUGUCGUAAAAAGAAAUGUGGCCACACAAACAACCUGCGCUCAAAGAAGAAGCUGAAGUAA